AUGGUCGCGACGCUCACACCUGGCUCGCUCGAAGACGUCGAAGCGUGGGCGAGUCAGGAAUUCCCAGAUUACUUCAGAGCCUUUGUCGAUACGGAACGUCUACAUACCAAGACGCUCCCCUUCGAUGGAGAAUACAUGGACGGCAAGAUUAUCCUCAAAUCCAUGCUGCUUGUCGCCCUCGAAGUCGGCUCCACAGACACCGGUAACAAGGUAUACGCGCGCAUCUCAGGCAGCAACGACGUCGAGCUCUUCAGCGAUCACAUGAUUGCGGAUCCGACAGGCUCCAAAAAGGGUCUUUCCUACAUGAAACCAGCCGUCGAUCUAGUAGAUAUGUACCUGAGAACACCUUACAACCAUUCCAUUGAGACUGGUCACCCAGCUGGUGUGGAUCGACUCGAGACUCUUAUUAGGUUCAUAUUUCUCAGUAACGGUGAGUCCACAGCCGUGCAGCCAAAGCUUGGUUUUUUCAAAUCACACUUUCGAGCUGCUUGCCGCGAUGUUGCACGGGGUCGUGGCGUCCUAGUGGAUGGCGAUGAUACAGAUGAAAGCGAUACGCUUUCAGACACCUCACCUCCCGAGCUCAUCGCGGAUACCGACACCGCCGGGCUUCGCGACAACCCAGCCGCAACCUCCGUUUUCAACCAGCACGUAAACGCCAUGGACGAGAGCUACUACGACUUCAAGACUAGAAUGCUGUCGCAACUCGGCGCAAUACAGAAAACCGAAAGGAACCAAACAGAUUAUCUGAAGGCUCAGGUUCAGGAGCUCCAAUGCAGGCUCACGGUCUUGGAAGAAGGUCGAGCGAAGAUGGGGAAAGAGCUGGAGGAUGAGAAGGAAAAGGCGAAAACAGCCGCAGAACAGACUGCUAGUUGGAAGACGCGAUAUGAGGGUCUCAAAGGGACAUUGGAACGUGUACUCGGUCAACGCUUCUAA